UAUAAGAUGCUGCACAUGUUUUAUCAUAUUUAUAGGUCAAAGUGUAAUAAUCUCGAUAGUUCUAAAAAAAUAUUCAUCUAAAGUUUCAUUCGUAUAUCGUAGAUAGAACGUGUAAACAAAAUGUUACCUCAAUUUCGAACGAUUAUAAGAAUGUUUAGUACACGUAAUUAUAAUAAAGUUGGUAUAAUUGGCGUGCCUUUUGAAAAAGGACAGCGAAAGGAAGGUGUUGCUCUAGGUCCUAAAGUAAUUAGAGAAACUGGUCUUAUAAAAGAAUUAGAAAUAUUAGGCUUAGAUGUCCAAGAUUAUGGAGAUAUAAAAUAUGAAGCAAAAGAUACAAGUGAUGUUAAUAAUAUGACACAUUUAGGAGAUGUAGCAGCAUGUACUAGACUUUUAUCUGAACAAGUUCAACAAAUAUUAAAAGAUGGCCGAUGUGUAUUAACACUUGGAGGAGAUCACAGCGUAGGCAUUGGUACUAUAGAUGGUCAUGUUAAAGCAAUGAAAGAUGUUGCAGUACUAUGGGUCGAUGCGCAUGCUGAUUUAAAUACUAAUAAAACUAGUGGAAGUGGAAAUGUUCAUGGAAUGCCUGUAGCAUUAUUAACAACUGAACUUUCUGAUUACUGGCCACAUUUACCUGGAAUGGAUUGGCAACAACCAAUGUUAUCUAUUAGAAAUGUGGCUUACAUUGGAUUAAGAUCUGUAGAUAGUUAUGAAAGAUUAGUUAUUGAAAAAUUUGGUAUUUCUGCUUUUGGAAUGGAAGAUGUUGAAAGAUUUGGUAUUCAUAAUACAAUUUCUAUGGCAUUGGAUAGAAUUGAUCCUGAAGGAGUAAAAUCAUUGCAUGUUAGUUUUGAUAUUGAUUCUCUAGAUCCCUUAGAAGCUCCAAGUACAGGAACUGCAGUACGUGGUGGAUUAACUCUUCGAGAGGCAAUUCAUAUAAUGGAAGAAGUGCAUAGGACGCAUAGAUUAAAUGCUAUUGAUUUAGUGGAAGUAAAUCCUUAUAUCGGUGAUCAACGUGAUGUUAAAUUAACUACAGAGGCUGCAAUAUAUAUUAUACAAGCUGCUUUAGGAUAUACUAGACGUGGUUUGAAAGUUCCUAAAGGCAUUACAGAUAUGCCAUUACAAACAUUUAGAUAACAUGGAAAUAAAUAUCUAUUUUAAUGCGAA